AUGUUAGAUGCACUCAGAGAUGGAACUCAAACUCCUGAUGGUGGAAACGAGACUCAGGUUGCUGAUAGUGGAAAUAAUAUUCUCCAUUUGCACAAUUCUGACCACCUUGGUAUGAUGCUUGAUAAGCUGGGUUUUGUGGAUGGAAGAUAUGAGGCAACUGCUGCUAGUUCUACUACUUUUGACAAGUGGAGGAAGGUGGACAGCAUGGUCACCUCUUGGAUCUUGAGUUCUCUAUCAAAGGAGUUGGUGGAUGCUUUCAUUUAUGCACCUUCAUCAAAAGACCUGUGGGAGGAGAUCAAAGAGAGGUUUGGAGAAAGCAAUGGACCUCUCUUGUACCAUCUCAAACGUGAGAUAAGUAAUCUGACCCAAGCAAAUGCAUCAGUUAUGGUGUAUUUCACUAAACUUAAAAAAUUAUGGGAUGAAUUGGCAUGCUUAAAACCAUUACCAGUGUGUGAUUAUGGUGCAACAAAACAAAUAGAUGAGAUAAAUAGUGAAGGAAAACUUAUACAGUUUUUAAUGGGGCUGAAUCAGGCUUAUGACAAUGUUAGAAAUCAAAUCCUACUAAUGGAUCCUUUGCCUAUUAUUAACAAGGCAUACUCUAUGGUGUUAAGGGUGGAAAAGCAAAGGGAAAUUCAUGAUGAUGCAGCUGAUGAGUUCAAUUCAAUAAUGACAGUGAAGGGACAAGUUCAGAAGGAGAAGAUUCAUGGCAAGAAGAAAGAAUUUGGAAAGAAAGAAAACAAGUUUUGUGACCAUUGCAAUGCAAAUGGCCAUACUAGCGACACCUGUUUCAAGCUACAUGGAUACACAGACUGGUUCACAGAACUCAAACAGAAGAAAGGGAAAACUAAGAACAAUGUAGCAGCAAAUGUAUAUGAGAAACCAUCUGAGGGAGAAAGCAGGGCAGAUCACAAGAAUGAAGGGCUUAGCAGGGCAGAUCACAAGAAUGAAGGGCUCCACUAG